GGUUCUCCUCAUCUCGACCAUGGCAGGCCCACCCUCGCAGCUGUAUUUGUACAAAUACUCACUUUUCAUGAUCAUCAGCUUUGUGAGCAUGAUCGAGUACUUGUCGUGAUGGACGGUGUAGAUCCACUCCCGCCUCGACAAAUCCAGAUCGUGCGAUCUCGCAAAGAACCCGAUCAGACGGUCACGAUUCGAACUCCAGAUCCUUAACGCGAACUCGACGGACUUGGUGUCCACCUCGACGUCGUCGUCGGCGAUCAGGACGGCGCCCGUCGCGAUGGACGGUCUGGGGAGGAAUCGGAGGUUGAGGCUGUCCGAGGGUUGCUGGAUCACGGAGACUGGUGUGCUGUCGGAGUAGGGGAUAGUGAGAUUGUGGGCCAGCUGGGCCAGGGUUUGGGCCGAGGUGGUGGGGUUUCCCCAUAGGACUAGCACCGCGGCGACCGACGGGGACGCAGAGUACGCGGCGGCGAUCGAGCGGAGGAGGGGGAUCCGGGACUCGGCAUAGCCGUUGAUCAGGACUGUCAUCUGAUCUGAUCGUAGAGUUAGCGGGUCCCGUAGCGUUGUAGGGUCGCAUGGGUCGGAAGAGAGAGGCCGUAGAGAAAAGACCGCCGAAUGGAUCCAUACGAAGAAGAUGAAAAAGAAGAGAUAGAUAGCGUGCAGUGCCGGCCGCGGCGGUGGCGGCGGUCUCAUCGCCGGCGACUAGUGUCAGAUCCUGGAGGCGAAAGUUGACUGUGCAGGCCGGUUAGAGGCUAACGUACGCUGGGAAGAGCUUCAGACCUUGCCAAAUGGGUGCGGGGGGGUAAUUUCGCAAUAAAGAGAAGAUCGAGGUGCGUAUUGUGAGUGGGCCCGUUGGACUGAAGCAAGCGUGCGCCGCGCGAGAUCCGAGAUUCUAAGAGUGGCAGUUUUGUAGAUGAAGGGAGAUAGAGGGUGUAUUACUGACGCGACAUCUCUCAAUCGAAAUUGGAUGGUGGGAGAGGCUGUUAUGUAUGGGAUGGGAGGUUGUCUGCUAUGGCGAUGGCUAUGGCCACUGCAAAAUUUAAUUUUGUACAGAAAUCUCCAUUGGCACCUUCAAGGACGAGGCGUUUUUUGAAGCCCGCGAGCUGUGCCCCCCUCCAGCAAGUCCAUCAACAGGUUGAUUCAGGAAUCAUAUGUGAACCUUGCAAUGACAAGGGAUGGUUGCUUUGUGACUUUUGUGAAGGGAAAAAAACCAAUGUGAAAGCUGCAAAUAAUCGGAUAUACCGUCGUUGUCCUUCUUGCAGAGCUAUUGGAUAUGUGCUGUGCUCAAAGUGCAAAGUUUUCAAAUGUGUUACAUUUCCAAAUUACAGCGAUGGUGAGGACCUAAGCAUUUGAGCAUCAAGUUCUUCAAAUCACCAUGUGGUGGGAUGAGGUGGUGGAUAUACUUAAGUAAGACUACUUUAUUUCUCCUGCCAGCCGCCUUUGAUUAUUUUGACGUGCUUAUGUUCAUGGUCACCUCUUUCCACUAUAUAUUUCUCUUUCCCCUGAGAAGGCCCUCUCAGAAGUGUUUCUGUAACUUGCAUUAUUAUGAGCAUAGGAGGAAAAUUAGCCCAUAUUCUUUCUUGAUGUAAUGUUAACUCUGGAUUGAAUUGUAAUCAGAAAGCUAAAUGAUUUGUCUUGUCCUUUUAACAGGCUUCCUAGACGGUAGCUUGUUCAUGAUUAUUGAGUUUAUAUUUUUUUUGAAAAAAAAUCAAAAUACUGUUUUUUUUUUUUUUUCCCAGUUAUCAUUUUCGUGAAUCAAAUAAAGUAUUUUAUAUUCCA